GCGGCGCGGGCGGAGCGGAGCGGGGCGGGGCGGGCGGCGCGUCCCGGGACUCUGCCGCUCGGGCUCUCAAAGCCUGCGCUUUUGACUCAAAUCGGGGUUUUUGUUCUCUUUUUGGGGUGAAGCAAGGUGUGGUCGGCUGGGAUUUGGUGGGGUUUUUUUCGUUUCGUUUCGUUGUGGCCGGCCGAAGGAUUAAUCCGAGAUCAAUGAAGGAAAGAAGAGCGAGCCAGAAGUUAUCGAGCAAGGCGGUGAUGGAUCCCAACCAGAACGUGAAGUGCAAGAUCGUGGUGGUGGGGGAUAGCCAGUGCGGGAAGACCGCCCUGCUCCACGUCUUCGCCAAGGACUGUUUCCCCGAGAGCUACGUCCCUACCGUCUUCGAGAACUACACAGCCAGCUUCGAGAUCGACACGCAGCGCAUCGAGCUGAGCCUCUGGGACACCUCGGGGUCUCCUUAUUAUGACAACGUCCGCCCGCUCUCCUACCCAGACUCUGAUGCUGUCCUGAUCUGCUUCGACAUCAGUCGGCCAGAAACUCUGGACAGCGUGCUGAAAAAGUGGAAAGGUGAAAUCCAGGAGUUCUGUCCCAACACCAAAAUGCUUUUGGUUGGUUGCAAAUCAGAUCUGCGCACGGAUGUGAGCACGCUGGUGGAACUCUCCAACCACAGGCAGACACCCGUGUCCUACGAUCAGGGUGCAAAUAUGGCCAAACAGAUUGGAGCAGCCACAUACAUCGAAUGCUCAGCCUUACAGUCAGAAAACAGCGUCAGAGACAUUUUUCACGUCGCCACCUUGGCGUGUGUGAACAAAACAAACAAGAACGUGAAACGGAACAAAUCGCAGAGGGCCACCAAGAGGAUCUCACACAUGCCUGGCAGGCCAGAGCUUGCCACGGUGGCCACGGACUUGAGAAAGGACAAAGCAAAGAGUUGCACGGUGAUGUGAAGGAGCUUGACUGCCUGGAGGAGAAGGAGGAGGAGGAGAGCAUCCAGGAGGGAUGGAGGCUCACUCACACAGCCACAUUGGUGUUGAACGAGGGCUCGUGCCGGUGCUUUAAUGGAGGCUUCAGCUCUUGUGUGAGACUGUGCUUAGGAACUGAGCAGCGAGAAGGAAUGGCUCCAAAGGAGGUGGCAGCAGGAGAUGAUACAUUGAAGAAAAUGCCAAAAAAAACCCCCCACAAAGCCCCAACCCAAAAGGGAAAAUUGUCUGAAUGUGCUGAGAAAAAGAGAGGAUGAGUGGGGAAAACAGCACUGCAAAAGGAGAGAUGUCAUUGACAGUGCUUGUGUCACUAACACUCUGCUCCUGGAUGCUGCCACUUUGAUUGCAGUAAAGUCAUACUUUAAUCUUCUCUUCUUUCUUUUUUUUUUUAAGGAUGACAUUACUAAUAUGCCCUCCUCAUUAAGGAACUACCCCUGUGACCUUAGAGUUGGUUUUCCAAAGGAUAUGAUCUAAUUUUUUAGUAGCUCAUGGUUGUAACGGAGAGUGUGUUGAGGCUUGUGCGUCACCAAGUGGAAAACACUGUGUGAGGAGUCUGGAGUUCUGCCUUCCCAAGACAAACAGCACAAUCUACCUGUGAGCACGUUGGUAAUGAAGACAACCAUUGGAGAUGUCCCAGUAUUGUGGGUGCCCUGACGCUGUGGAAGUGAAAAGGUUCCAGUCGGGGUGUUGGGCACAACCUGCCCUCGCAGGUCUCUGACUUUCCCCUUCCUCUGUGUGAUUGUAAUGUAGAGUGGAAAUGAUCUCCAGUUCUGGUGUACUGUAUGGGUAUGUUGCUGUAGGUUCAAGUGAAAGGUGCUAAGAGCUGUGAUGACAAAUGAUCCUUAGUUUUUACAGCCAGGAUAAUUCAUUAAAGCCUUACUGCCCACCCCAGGGAAGCCCUGAGGCACCUCCUCUCGGGGUGGAUCCCAGGCUCAGGCCCUGUGUAAAUGCCACAGAGCAGUGCUGUUCUGUGAUGUGGUUCACUGCAAAAACACCCCAACAACCCAAGAAUCUGCAAAUGAGCCAGCAGAGCCAGGUUAUCUUUUUUUGUGAUGCUCUUAUUUCUGGGGCCAGCCGUCUUGCUGCAGACAGACCGUGUCUCCUCGUGAUGAGGACAUGGGGUCUGAAGAACUGUGAUGCCUUCAGGGGUCCCCAGCAGGAACUGGAUACUUCCCUUCAGGUUAAUACACAUGUAUCCAGACACCAACCAUGAAGAAACAGCAGUGAACCAGUUAAGGCAAAUCCCUUUCUGCUCACUGAGUGCUGUUGUUACCUUAAACGAGCCUUGAAAGUUCUUUACAGCCACUUACUGACCCAGCCUCACUUGGUAGCUUCUCUCCCAAAAAGGAUCCUGUCAGCUCUGACCAGUGUGGCUGUUGCUUGUCCAGGACAAGCAUUUAUUUUGUUCCCAAGGGGUAAUGCUUCAUUUUGGAAGUGUCCAAGCUGUGCUCAACGUGAACUUGUGCAAAGGUAAAAGGGUUACCAUGAGGAAAACUCAGUUCUGUGUGUUUCCCAGCACUUUGCUAAAAGAAGAAGAAAAACCCACCCCCAGACAACCAAACCUCCACCCAUUCUGAUGAUUUCCCACUGAGAGAGAGAGACAUUUUUACCACCCUAGUAAGCUUUUGACUGAAUCAGCAGUGUGCUUAGGGCAGUAUUAUGAAAUAGCUGGUAAGUGCUUUCUGUAUUUAAAUAUUGUGGAGAAAAUAAGUUAUAACUGUUACCAAACAGGACAUUCAUUGCUUUCCUUUUUUUUUAAUUGUUGAAGUCACUUUGUAUGUUUGGUUAAUGUUCCUGCAGUAUUUAUUAAAAUACCCUUUUUUCUUUUGUUCUUUGAAUUAAAAACCAACCCCAAAAGUCCUCGA